GGGAUACGAGCAGUGCUGGGACGGCGUGUUCUCGUUCGAGCGCUGCUGCACCAGCGCCCAGGCCGAGAGUCCGAUGGGCUCUCAGAGUCAGGAUCCGAUAGACGCUAAGACUCAGGAUCCGAUUCUGGACUGGACGUUCGACGGCUACAUGUACUGCUUCGAUCGCGAGGCUUGCUGUGAUGAUGGCGUCUCGUGUGCGGCGUUCACGGUGUGCUGCGACAUGGCCGCAUUCUCGAGAUGCCGGCACAUCCAGCAGGCUCGGCCCCUGCCGUGCGACGCGCCGCCCACCUCGGCCAUGAGAGUGCUGAGCGUCGCGAACUUCAGCGGCUCGCCCUCGGGGCGGUCCUUCGGGCUGCAGGGCGUGCUCUGCCAGAACGGGCUCAUGGCCCUCGAGGACGACUUCCACUACGCCGGGCUCGCCCCGCCGGGCGAGCGCCUCCUGACCGCCACGUGCGCGGGGGCGUUCGGCAUGAGCCCCAAGUACGGCGUCUGGCAGGUGGACCUGUCCACGCUGCACGAGGCCUCGAGGUGCUGGGAGGCCGGCUCGUUCUGCAAGCUGUUCGCCACUCGCAUCACGAUCAAGAACGUCAUGAACGUCGAGAGCACGUCCGACUACGUCAUCGCGGCGCCCGCCUCCUGCAACGCAUCGGACGUCCUGCUGACCCUCGUCCCGCGGCUCGCGCAGCGGCUGUUUACCUUCCCGGCGGUCGUGAGCGAGGCCCGCGUCGAGCAGGUGGAGGCCGGAGACCCCUGCCUGCAGCGGUGGCGGCCCUCCCUGGCGCUCCCGGCGCUCGUGUCCCUGGCCCUGUGCGCGCCGUGGCUCGCGCUGCCCGCCCAGCCGCAGCGGCGGCGGGCCUCGGCGCCCGACGUGCUCCCCCACCGUCAUGGGCGUGUGGUACGCGUACAGCGAGCACACGGCGACCUCGGUCCCGUUCCGGUCCUUCGUGCGGGCGCUGGGUCUUCGGGACGAUCGAUCGGGUGUUGCUAG